CACUGCAUCGGGCGCCGCUGGAGGCUGGUUGACGCCGGCAGAGAAGGGGACAACUCCCAACUAGAGUACCUUGCGAGCGUCCUCACCGAGCUCCUGGCGACACCAGCGGUACAGCCUGGGACUCUAGACUAGCGAAUGCCCAAUAAGCAGGCACUGAGAAGGUGGAUCUCUGGGGCUCCCGGCCAUCGGCAGGGAAUGGAUGAGCUGCACUUCAAUGAAGAGGGUCUGUCUUGGUAAACAAGAUGGAUGGCUCCUAGGGAACACCACCAGAGGAUUUAUUUUAUGUUGAAGUCUUGUGAGACCACUGCACAAAUAGAGUGAUGAUUAUACAAAGAGUGGUAUUGAAUUCCCGGCCUGGGAAAAAUGGUAAUCCAGUGGCAGAGAAUUUCAGGAUGGAAGAAGUCAGUUUACCGGAUAUUAUCAAGGAAGGACAAGUUCAAGUCAGAACUCUCUAUCUCUCUGUGGACCCCUACAUGCGCUGUAAGAUGAAUGAAGACACCGGCACUGAUUAUUUAGCGCCUUGGCAGCUGUCCCAGGUGGUUGAUGGUGGAGGUAUUGGAAUUAUAGAAGAGAGCAAACACCCACACUUGGCUAAAGGCGAUUUUGUGACUUCUUUUUAUUGGCCCUGGCAAACUAAAGCAGUUCUCGAUGGGAAUGGCCUUGAAAAGGUAGACCCACAACUUGUGGAUGGACAUCUUUCGUAUUUUCUUGGAGCUAUAGGUAUGCCUGGUUUGACUUCCCUGAUUGGAAUACAGGAAAAAGGUCACAUAUCUGCUGGAUCCAAUCAGACAAUGGUUGUCAGUGGAGCAGCAGGUGCCUGCGGAUCUUUGGCUGGGCAGAUUGGCCACCUGCUUGGCUGUUCCAGAGUGGUGGGAAUUUGUGGAACUCAUGAGAAAUGCCUCAUUUUGACCUCAGAGCUGGGGUUUGAUGCUGCAGUCAAUUAUAAAAAUGGGAACGUAGCAGAGCAGCUUCGAGAGUUGUGCCCAGCUGGAGUGGACGUUUACUUUGACAAUGUCGGAGGUGACGUCAGUGACUCAGUGAUAAGUCAGAUGAAUCAGAACAGCCACAUCAUCCUGUGUGGACAGAUUUCUCAGUACAAUAAAGACGUGCCAUAUCCUCCUCCCCUGGCCCCAGCUACAGAAGCGAUCCAGAAGGAAAGAAACAUUACAAGAGAGAGAUUUACCGUGUUAAAUUAUAAAGAUAAAUUUCAGCCUGGACUGCUACAGCUGAGUCAGUGGUAUAAAGAAGGAAAGCUAAAGAUCAAAGAGACUGUGAUAAAUGGAUUAGAAAACAUGGGAGUUGCAUUCCAGUCCAUGAUGACCGGAGGCAACACAGGGAAGCAGAUCGUCUGCAUCUCAGAAGAUUUUUCUCUGUAGUCAUUGUGUAUCUUCAUCAAGGAAACCCUACAUUUCCUACUGUGUACAAAGAUUCUUAAGAUCUAUUUUAAAAUAAUCUUACAGCA